AUGGACCAAUCGCGAAACAACCCUCAAGACAAGGCAGUAAAGGGCACUUCAUUGAGUCACAGAUAUCUGACCCUCAAGGCUUUCCUUGAGGCUGAUACCAGAAAACUCGAGGGUAUGCGCCAGUGUUCCAAAUCAUCGGUGCCGGUGCAUCACAAUGUAAACAACCAAGGAUGUGUGACGUCAACAACUACGAGCGACGGUAAGCGAAAGCGGGAAGAUGAUGAGAAUAAGCUACGCAAGAAGUAA